AUGUCAGAUCAACAAACUUGCGUUAUUGAUAAUGGAUCCGGAGUCGUCAAGGCUGGUUUCUCAGGUGAAGAUGCUCCAAGAGCCAUCUUCCCAUCAAUCGUUGGUAGACCCAAGAACUCCAGCGCCUUGAUCGGUGUUGACUCAGCCACUGAGUACCUCGGAGAUGAAGCCUAACAAAAGAGAGGAGUCUUAAAGAUCUUCUAUCCCAUCGAACACGGUAUCGUUAAGGAUUGGGAUGAUAUGGAAAAGAUCUGGAACCACACCUUCUACGUUGAACUCAGAGUUUCCCCAGACGAGCACCCAGUUCUUUUAACUGAGGCCCCACUCAACCCAAAGAUCAACAGAGAGAAGAUGACUCAAAUCAUGUUCGAGACCUUCAAUGUUCCCGCCCUCUACGUUGCCAUUCAAGCCGUCCUCUCCCUCUAUUCAGCUGGUAGAACCACUGGUAUCGUCUGCGAUGCUGGUGAUGGUGUUACCCACACUGUCCCCAUCUAUGAGGGUUUCUCAAUUCCCCACGCCGUCCAAAGAAUUCAACUUGCCGGUAGAGACCUCACCAUGUUCAUGGCUAAGCUCCUUACCGAAAGAGGAUACGUGUUCACCUCAUCAGCUGAGAUGGAAAUCGUUAGAGACAUCAAGGAAAAGCUUUGCUUCGUUGCUUUGGACUACGAAUCUGCCCUCAAGCAAUCCCACGACAGCUCCCAAUUCGAAAAGAACUACGAACUUCCAGACGGUAAAGUCAUCACCAUCGGUAACGAAAGAUUCAGAUGCCCAGAGUACCUCUUCAAGCCACUCGAGAUGAACGGAAGAGAGCUCUCCUCAAUCCAAGACUUGACCUACAACUCAAUCCAAGAGUGCGAUGUUGAUGUCAGAAGAGACCUCUAUCAAAACAUCAUCCUCUCAGGAGGUACCACCAUGUACGAAGGUAUUGGUGAGAGACUCUUGAAAGAAAUUGAAAACAGAGCACCAAAGUCCAUUACUGUCAAAGUUAUUGCCAGCCCAGACAGAAGAUUCGCCGUAUGGAGAGGAGGUUCCACCCUUACAUCUCUCUCAACCUUCGCCAGCAUGUGGAUCACCAAGGAAGACUAUGACGAGCACGGAGCCCAAAUUGUUCACAGAAAGUGCAUCUGA